UGGUUGAGAAAUCUGUUCAUAAAGCAGUCGGUUGGUAGACUCUGCCUGUGCUUUUCGGCAGACAGGGUUGCGACAAAACAGAACCUGCGUUGCAAUUCACUAAAGUUCUUACGGCCAAUAUUGGCGCAACAGCCGCUACACGAGCCAGGACCAAGUUGAAAACAUUGCGUAAGAGUUUAGAGGAGGGAUCAGUCCUAGAACGGCAGUUGGGAGAAACAGAUAUUGAAGUACAAAUUCCGAAGAUGAAAUUAUAACAUGCAUUAUUUUUUAGCGUGUGAUUAUCAGAGGCGUGCGUUGUACUGAGUGUGGGUCGGACUGCCGGUUUUUCUGGUGGAUGCGCGAAUUAAUUGGAGGCUGUUUUUGAUUCACUGCUGCAAAUUCCAGGCCAGACAGCUUGUUAAAUGUCUUUGCUGCGGGGAAGCCUGCAAACACAGAGAGGCUGGGACUGCCCCAAUGCACGCUGAAUGCUGACCCAGUCUUUAUCUUAUGAUUUGCUGUGAGGCUAUGGCUACUGUCAAUAUCAUCAAUGACAUCCUGCACAGACAGAUCAGGGAUAAGAGCGCAUUGGGAUUCCAGAGGCACUACCACGUCACUGAUCCGUUGAUCAAGAGGCUGGGCCUUGAGGCAGAGUUACAGGGCCACUCAGGCUGUGUGAACUGCCUGGAAUGGAACGAAAAAGGAGAGUUGUUGGCGUCUGGCUCCGACGACCAGCAUGCCAUUGUGUGGGAUCCCUUCCACCACAAGAAGCUUCUAACUAUGCACACCGGUCACUCGGCUAACAUCUUCUCCGUCAAGUUCCUGCCUCACUCGGGGGAUCGGAUCCUGGUGACCGGGGCGGCCGACUCCAAGGUCCACGUCCACGACCUGACGGUGAAGGAGACCAUCCACAUGUUCGCCGACCACACCAACCGGGUCAAGAGGAUCGCCACCGCCCCCAUGUGGCCCAACACCUUCUGGAGCGCCGCUGAGGACGGGGUCAUCAGGCAGUAUGACCUGAGGGAGAGCAGCAAGCACUCGGAGGUGCUCAUCGACUUGACGGAGUACUGCGGCCAGCUGGUGGAGGCCAAGUGCCUGGCUGUCAACCCUCGGGACAACAACUACCUGGCUGUGGGAGCCAACGGCCCCUUUGUUCGCCUCUAUGACAUCCGGAUGAUCCAUGACCACAGGAAGUCAAUGAGUCAGAGCACAUCAGCAGGAGUGCACACCUUCUGUGAGAGACAGAAGCCGAUCCCUGAUGGAGCUGGCCAAUAUUAUGUAGCAGGUCAUCUCCCAGUGAAACUACCUGAUUACAACAACAGGCUAAGAGUCCUGGUAGCAACAUACGUGACCUUUAGCCCUGAUGGCACUGAGCUGCUGGUCAACAUGGGAGGGGAGCAGGUGUAUUUGUUUGACUUGACUUUUAAGCAGAGGCCAUACACCUUCCUGUUGCCAAAAAAGUGCCACUCGUCCGGAGAGGUCCAGAACGGAAAGACCUCCACCAACGGGGUCUCCAAUGGGGUUCACCUGCCCAGCAGUUGCUUCCGCCUGGCCGAGAGCAAGAUCUGUACCAGCUUGUCGGGGGAGCUGCCCCCCCGGCUGGAGAGGAUCAAGCAGCAGGCCAACGACGCCUUCGCGCGGCAGCAGUGGACCCAGGCCAUCCAGCUCUACAGCCGAGGCAUCCAGGAGGCCAGCAGGAACGCCAUGCUCUAUGGCAACAGGGCUGCUGCCUACAUGAAACGCAAGUGGGACGGAGAUCACUAUGAUGCCCUGAGAGACUGCCUGAAGGCCAUCUCCCUGAACCCCGGCCACCUGAAGGCUCACUUCCGCCUGGCCCGCUGCCUGUUUGAGCUCAAGUACGUGGCGGAGGCCAUGGAGUGCCUGGACGACUUCAAGGGGAAGUUCCCAGAGCAGGCUCACAGCAGCGCCUGUGAUGCUCUGGACAAGGACAUCAAGGCGGCCCUCUUCUCCAAGAAUGAUACCUCGGACGACAAGAAGGGAGGGGGGGCUCUGCGCUUCCGCUCCAUCGGCAGGAAGGACUCCAUAUCGGAGGACGAGGCCGUGCUGAGGGAGAGGAGCUACGACUACAAGCACCGAUACUGCGGCCACUGCAACACCACCACCGACAUCAAAGAGGCCAACUUCUUCGGCAGUAAAGGGCAGUACAUCGUGAGCGGCUCGGACGAUGGCUCUUUCUUCAUCUGGGAGAAGGAGACGACGAACCUGGCGCGGAUCCUGCAGGGCGACGAGUCCAUCGUGAACUGCCUCCAGCCCCACCCCAGCUACUGCUUCCUCGCCACCAGCGGCAUCGAUCCCGUGGUCAGACUCUGGAACCCCCGGCCAGAGAGUGAGGAUGUGAACGGCAGGGUGGUGGAGGACAUGGAGGGGGCAGCCCAGGCCAACCAGAGGCGGAUGAACGCCGACCCCCUGGAAGUGAUGCUGCUCAACAUGGGCUACCGGAUCACGGGGCUCAGUAACGGGGGGCCUGACGGUUCCGACGACGAGGACAGCUCUGAGGGCCAGGUUCAGUGCCGGCCCAGCUAGAGAAACCCCAUGCUGGGCCUGGCCCGGCCCAGACUGUGGGGAGUGGGGGAUAGUGUGUGUGUGUGGGGGAGGGUGGGGGCUUAGAUUUUCUGUUCCAUGAUUAUUUUUCUUGUUUUUUUUUUCCCCCUUUUUCCUUGGGAAAACGUGCGAUCGAAAGCCUGCCACUGUUCUACGCUAUGCAUACAAUUGUGGACGGCGGGGGCAGGGGAGGGUGUGCCCCUGCUGUCCCUGCCGCCCUGUCCACUCCUCCUCACUCCUCCUCCUCCUCUUCCCUGUCAAGCAGAGGGCUGUGAGGCAGAAUGCUUUUUUGGCGCCUGUUUUUUUUUUUUUGCGGAGGACGAUGGAAAGUCAACAGUUGGAUUAGCGCUACGGAUUUGCGGACAGCUCCUGGGGUGCGGGGUUAGAGGAGCACGGGUCUCCCCACCACCACCACCACCACCACCACCUCCCCCAACCAAAAUGAGUCGGCUCCCACAGCGCAUCGUUCCAAAGCCCACGUAUAGGACGUCAGGUUGUUCUCUAGUUGUAUUUUUCUUGUCCGUUCUUCCAACUCUUGGAUGGAGGAGAGAUGCAGUCUCCCAGCUGCGCAUGUCUGGAAUGCUCACACAAGCAUCUCUGGUUCCCCUUAGGCUUUCUGGCAGUGGGUCGGUGCCUCAGUAUGGGUUUCCAAGGGAGUUUCCAAUCUCACCUUUUUAAAUGAGUCAUAGAAGCUGCCUUUGUUGAGAGAAAACAAAAACAUUAGCUGUGCCCGCUCUCACUUGUAGCAGUGCUGCGCUCCUGCCUUCUCCAGGAGAAUGUAGAGGCUUGGAGAAGUAGCAAAGGCGCUGAGGAAAGCCAACAGUUGACGUGAGUCAGGAUAUGGGGGCUUCUGGGAAGGGUUCUGUUCAUUUUAGUUGGGAAAUGUUCUUGGCAAACAGUGUUAUGUCUCGUUAUCACUUUUUUGAGACACUGUCUGUAGCUUAUUUAAGUGCUCAUUUUCCUGAGGAGGGGUAAAGGUAAAAAAAAAAUACUUUUUAUGUGUUGAAAGCUGAUGCUGGUGUUGGUUCAUGGAUUUUUUUUUUCUUAAAAUGAUUUGCUUUAAAAGCAACCUUAAAGAGGAAAUUGACUUUUACCUCAAAAUAAACAUGCUUUACCACACCUGUCCGUCAAAUGUGUCAAACUCAAAACACAGAGAAAAUGUAAACACAAACAUAGCAUCUUGCAAACGUAUUUUAAGCUAAUAACAUUUAAGUUCAGAACAUUUUAAGAACAUAAUUGUGAUACAUGAAAAAUUGCACAUUUUAGUUGUUUCUUUAAUUUCUUUACUAAUAUUCCGAAAGUAGACCAUUGCUGUUUCAGAUAUGUUUCUAAAUAGGUGAAUCACAUUAAUUUUAAAGUUUCUUGUGUAUCUUCUGUGUUUACCUUUAAUUGAUUACUUAGCAUUUAGUUGGAAAAUAUAGCAGGAUAACUUAAUGUAUGAAAGAUAUGAAUGAAUUUAUAUUUGUGUUCUUUUGUUAAUAAUAAGCCAUAAUAUUAGGCGUCUCUUUAGCUUUAAGAGGAUGAAAUUAUAGGAGACUCCAAUGAAAUUACUGGAGAAAUUUAAAAAAUCAAUAAGAAUGUUUACCAAAUUCUAUACUUGUUUAGGAUUUAAACCUGUCUGAAAUAGCUUUGGUUUUAUGCUGGCAUUGGAAAAAAAAUAUAUAAAAUAUUUGUGUUAACUUGAUGUUUUUUAUUUUAUCUCUAAAGAGCAGGUAUAGUGUAUAAUCUGUAAACCCCAACACCUGCAGUGUGUGUUGCUGCCGUGUUCCAGAGGUGAAAUUGGGACCUAGGCCUAUAUAUUAACAUUUUUUAGUACUGACUUUUGUGAUGCACGCUUUAACAUUUUGCUGAGGAUUUGUUAUCAACUUAAAAUGUGUGAUAGGCACAUUUGGUCAACAUGUUAGGGUGUGUUUAUUCUUCAAAAACCAACUUCCCCUUUAAGGUACAGGUUUAUUUGCUUUGUGUGUUCUGAAACAUGACUAAUUGUGAUAAGUUUGGUGGAAGCUUUCUCUUUUCCUUUCCUCAUGUGCCUUUAGGGUGUUUUUCCCAUAAAAGCAUGUGACGGAGAGGAAUGAUUAUUUUUUAGAGGAAGAAAUUCCCCAGGUUACACAGUUUAGGGUAGAGAAUAAACUGCAGGUGUACAUGACAGCUGAAACUAAAUGACCCGCUGACAUAGAUGUUUAGAAAAGAGCAGGGGGGAAUGUAAAUGGCUUCUACUGCGAUUUUCACAUGUACACACAACUACUCGCUGUCAUUCACCGAUAAACACAUUACUGAUCUGAGUUAAGGUACAGAACAUGACACCGGCAAAUUGUUCCUUAUUGGAGGCAAGGGAAAUUAUAAAGGAACGAGAUUAAGGAAUCCAGGAAAGUGGCUGUCACAAAUAUUUGUUACAGUAUAUCUGGCAGGUCAGUGGAAUCAGUACUGUGGAUUCACACAAGCAUGUGGUCUCCAGGUGAAUAUGGUCUUCUUUGUGGACUUACUGAUUAAUGUCCUACAUGAUAUGAAUCGCAUUGGUUUACUGCUUUGUCCCAGAUGGAACUGGCCGUUUGCGAAUCCUUGCUUUACUUUAGAAAAGGGACAGAUUGGACUCCCUAGAUACAGCUGUGUGAAUAUACCCAGCAUUUCAAGCUUAUGCUUCUUUGGAUACUGCAGUUUUAGGUCCCCACAAGCUCUGAAUUCUUGUUUUAUUAAAAAGGAAAUCACCAUAUAAAGAUUUGAGCUUCUAACACGAGA